GAGAUUCUGUACCUUGCACUUUGGUUAAAGUGUCAUUUCUAUUUAAGUCUCCAAACUUUACUGAAGAAAUUGAGUUUUCUUUGCUCUCCUCGCUUCUGAAUUUCAGGAAUCAUAUAAAACUACUUGGUAAAAUGACUUCUUGUGGAGUUGUUGAAAAACCUAUAAAAAAGGUUGCUAUCUUUGGAGGAACUCAUGGGAAUGAGCUAACAGGAGUGUUUCUAGUUAAGCACUGGCUAGAGAAUGGCGCUGAGAUUCAGAGAACAGGACUGGAGGUAAAACCGUUUAUUACCAACCCAAGAGCAGUGAAGAAGUGUACCAGAUAUAUUGACUGUGAUCUGAAUCGUGUUUUUGACCUUGAAAAUCUUGGCAAAAAUAACUCAGAAGAUCUGCCAUAUGAAGUGAGAAGGGCUCAAGAAAUAAAUCAUCUAUUUGGUCCAAAACUUAGUGAAGACUCCUAUGACAUUAUUUUUGACCUUCACAACACUACUUCAAACAUGGGGUGCACUCUUAUUCUUGAAGAUUCCAGAAAUGACUUUUUAAUUCAAAUGUUUUACUACAUUAAGAAUUCUUUGGCUCCGUUACCCUGCUAUGUUUAUCUUAUUGAGCAUCCUUCCCUCAAAUACGCAACCACUCGUUCUAUAGCCAAGUAUCCUGUUGGCAUAGAAGUUGGACCUCAGCCUCAAGGGGUCUUGAGGGCUGAUAUUUUGGACCAAAUGAGAAAAAUGAUUAAACACGCUCUUGAUUUUAUAUGGCAUUUCAAUGAAGGAAAAGAAUUUCCUCCCUGCACUCUCGAGGUCUAUAAAAUAAUAGAGAAAGUUGAUUAUCCCAGGAAUAAAAGUGGAGAAAUUGCUGCUAUUAUCCAUCCUAAUCUGCAGGCAAAUCUGUGAGGUGAUCCUUGGGCUCCGGCAGCUUCCAGCAGAGGUGAGAGGACCAGUACCGGAGGACAGUCGACACUGGUUGAAAUGUGGCCCAAGUCCAUGUCUCUGAUUCGCAGAUACCUUCUUCCAAGACAUUUCCUCAUGUCCUAAAUGACCAAAUCUCUCACCUCCCUUGAUUCUCCUCAAAGGACCUCAGGCUGAAUGCUGCCUCUUCCCUGUCUAGGGUAAACUCUAUGCAUUGAGCUCUUCUCCCCCACCCUCUCUGCACCCUAUUCCUCUGAGAUCACUAUCAGCUGGACCUUGUGAGCCCCUCGUGCCCAUGCCCUUAGUUCAUGGAACUGACCCGUGGCCAGGGCUAUUCCAGAGGGAUGCCUCACACCUCUCCCACAGUAAACAUCACAAGACUAGAGGCACUAAACCCCAGACACUAACCCAGACAUACCCUGAUGACUCAUUCUAUUGAUUGAUAAGCUGAUCUGUAUUAAAACCCCUGAACAAUGUAUGUCUAUGUUUGAUUCAUGCAUGCUUUGUUCUUGGCCUAUAAAACCUGAGCCUGUAUUCAAUGACUGAAUGAACUGUUCUCCACCGAGCUAUCAGUGGGGCAUCCCCAGUAAGUAAACUCAUGUCUUUCUCUGCUGGACCUCUGAGUGUGUUCUUUGGAACUGAAAACAUUGUGGGCAAGCAACCCCCAGAUUUGGGGGGCCCCUGAGACCCUUGUCCAAUUUCAAUAGGACCCUCCUCUCUUGGGGCACAGCAGCCAAAUAAACAGCAUUUUUAAUCCCAUGAUUUAGACCCCCAAGGAAUCUAUGUUCAUGGGUUUAAAUGCACCAAAAAUACUGACACUACCUCAAAUUCAUUCUUUUAGAGCUAACUCCAAUUAAGCCCAUU